CCUCGUUCUCUCUCAACCUCUCUUAAAUUUCUCUCCCUAGCUCUUGAGAAAAAAAAAAAAAAAAUCUUCUUAAAUUCUCAUCUAGUCAAACCUCUUCACAUGUUUAUUUAAUCACCUCUCCAAGCUUUCUUUCAAGAGAAUAUUUAAGGUUUCGAUCUCACCUAAAUAAAACUUAGAGGAAAGAAGAAAGAACGGAAUCUGAAAUCGAUCAGGGCAGAAGAGAAAGAGAAGGGAAGAGUAAUGGCGUGGAGAACAAAGAGGAAUUUGGUUUGUUUGGCUUUAAUCGCAGCCGCAGCAGCAGUAUCAUCGCUUUCUGUAUGUGCGGCGGCUGAAUCAAAGUCGGCGGCUUUCGUCAAGAAAACCAUUUCUUCCCACAACAUCGUCAUCUUCUCCAAGUCCUAUUGCCCGUAUUGUGGAAGGGCAAAAGCAGUAUUCAAAGAGCUGAAGCAAACACCUCAUGUUGUUGAGCUCGAUCACAGAGAUGAUGGCAGUGACAUUCAAGAUGGUCUGAGUGAGAUUGUCGGGAGGCGUACUGUACCGCAAGUAUUCAUAAACGGCAACCAUAUCGGCGGUUCCGAUGAUACUGUGGAAGCAUAUGAAAGCGGAGAACUCGCUAAACUUCUUGGCAUUGCAGCAGCAGCAGCACGUGAUGCUAAAGAUGAUCUCUAAUUCGGGAUCUCGGAGGCGGAGGCCGACAAGCUAGCUCGCAGUUGCAUGGAAUGUUAAGAGAAUUUUUUAAUUUUAUGGAAAUUCUUACCCCGGCAAUUGUAGAGGGUGAAAUCCACAAUUAAAUUUGUUAGAAGGUGAAUGAUUGAAUUCGAAGGAUUGUGUGAGCAAUGAAAUAAAUCAGCAGG